GCAAGACAUGCACGCCGUCCAAGUUCAGCUCGGAGACUGAGAAUGCCAGGGAGAGCCGCUGCGGCCGCCCGCUUGGCCUACGGUUCGACGAGAAAUCGGGCGACCUCUACGUGGCCGACGCGUACAAGGGGCUGAUGCGGGUAGCGCCGGGCGGCGGGGAGGCCACCGUGUUGGUCAACCAGGUUGACGGUUAUCCUCUGCGCUUCACCAACGGUGUUGACGUUGAUCAAGUUACGGGAAAGGUCUACUUCACCGAUAGCUCGAUGAACUAUCAAAGGUCGCAGCAUGAGAUGGUCACUCGCACAGGAGACUCGACGGGCCGCCUCAUGAGCUACGACCCACGGACAUCGGAUGUCACGCUGCUCCAGGCGGGCAUGACGUACCCCAACGGCGUCGCGCUCAGCGCCGACCGCACCCACCUCGUGGUCGCAUCUACUGGACCAUGCAAGCUACUGAGGCACUGGAUCAAAGGGGUCAACGCAGGCACAUCCGAGCCUUUUGCCGACCUGCCCGGCUAUCCAGAUAACGUGAGGCCCGACACCAAAGGAGGCUAUUGGGUGGCGUUGCACCGCGAGAAGAAUGAGUUGCCCUUUGGUCCUGAUAGUCAUCGUCUCGCUGUCAGGGUCGGUAAUGAUGGGAACAUAGUCGAGGAGAUGAGAGGGCCAAAGAAGGUGAGGCCCACCGAGAUUAUGGAGAGAAGCAAUGGCAAGAUCUACUUGGGUUCGGUAGAGCUUCCUUAUGUCGGCGUUGUUAAGCGCAAGUAGAGAACUAUUAUAGUAGAUGCAUCGGAUGCCUUUUUGUUUCUUGUUCUUACCACCUAAUGUAAUUUUCCAUUUGUUUUUUUUUUGUCAGACGGACUAUUGUAAUCCAGAUUUUCUACCAGCAAAUAAUUAUUUGUUCUUUCCUCCA